AUUGGACAUUCUUCCUCUUAAGCUCUAGUUCUUCCAGGUGUUCUACCAGUAGCACUUGCGCGGAACUCUGUCACAAUGAAGUCCGUCUUGUUGGCCCCAGUCCUCUUCCUCGCCUCCAUCAUCGAGGCGCAUCCGGGACCGCAUGCGCAACCUGAUCCCGUCCACUUGGCCCGUCGCGGCGCACUGGCGAAGCGAUGCUCCGACUCGGUCGGCCUCAUGAAGAGGAACCGACAUGCGAUGCGCCGGCGCGACUUGUCACCAUCCGAUGGCACCACCACCUACACCAUCACCGCCGAUGCUCCCAAUUACGACUUCCUGAAGAACGACACGUGUAUCUUGACGCCGGAAACCAGUACGGGGCCCUAUGUUUACCCGCGGAGUCAGAUACUGCGUCAGGACCUGGUAGAGGAUCAACUUGGAGUGCCCUUUGUCAUGGACAUUGGCCUCAUGGAUAUUCAUACCUGCGAGCCCCUGGAGAAUGCGUUGGUAGAUGUCUGGCACUGCAAUGCAACUGGCUCAUACAGCUCUUUCACCGGUUUGGAUCCGGAUAUCUCGUUCCCGGAUCAGUACCUUGAGAGUACGGGCGAGGAAAUCGAUGCGGAGAACGGCAUGGGCGAUGUCUCGUUCUUGGCAACAGACAAUACAACCUGGCUCCGUGGCAUGUGGCCAACCGAUAAGAAUGGGGUUACUAGCUUCACGUCGAUAUUUCCGGGGUUCUAUACCAACCGCGCCAUCCAUGUUCAUGUGCAAGUGCACACGAACUGGAGUAUAACCAGUAACGGCACCAUUGGCGCAGGCAGUACGGUCAAUACGGCCCAGUUGUUUUUCGAUGAAGAUGUAGCUGCCGAGGUCAUGACAGUGCCGCCGUAUGCCAGUCACACGCAGAUCGCUCGGAAGCCAGUAGCGGAGGACGGGGUUUACUUUGAAGAGUCCUUGACGGGGGCCAUGGCUAUUAUGGAUACAGAGCCCCUGGAUGGCCAGGACUACAAGAAUGGGGUUCUUGGGUACAUUACCUUGGGUGUGGAUACGACGGCAAUCCAUGACGGUACCACUGAAGAUCCUAAUCCUCCCAUUCCGACCAGUGGAGACAGUGCGUAGAAGGAUUCCGUCUUCGAAAGUGGACGUGUCGGCUCGGAGUUGCUUGGAGGAUACCUUGUAUAGCGUAGAGAAGAGGAUCAGAUCUAACCCAAACAAAUCAUGAUGUCUAUACCCAGUCACUAUAAGCCGUUUAGUUCUGUUGCCGCAAAGGAUUAAACUGAGAUUAAUUUAUGUGGAGA